CCACGGCGCUGGCUGGUGCUGUGCAACCCGGGCCUUGCAGAGGUCAUUGCUGAGCGGAUCGGUGAGGACUACAUCUCCGACUUGGACCAGCUGAAGCGACUCCUGGAUUUUGUGAAUGAUGAAGCCUUCAUCCGGGAUGUGGCCAAAGUAAAGCAGGAGAACAAACUGAAGUUCUCUGUGUACCUGGAAAAGGAAUACAAAGUGAAGAUCAACCCCAACUCAAUGUUUGAUGUGCAUGUCAAGCGAAUCCAUGAGUACAAGCGACAGCUGCUGAAUUGCCUACAUGUGAUGACCAUGUACAACCGUAUCAAGAAAGAGCCCAACAAGCAAUUUGUGCCCCGUACCGUUAUGAUUGGCGGAAAGGCUGCCCCCGGCUACCACAUGGCAAAGAUGAUCAUCAAACUCAUCACGUCUGUUGGUGACGUAAUCAACAACGAUCCCGUGGUUGGAGACCGCCUGAAACUUCUGUUUCUGGAGAAUUAUCGUGUUUCCCUGGCAGAAAAAGUGGUUCCCGCUGCUGACCUGUCU